AUGCACUUCCACGCCCUCUUCGCCGCCCUCACAAGCCUGCUCGCUUUCGCGGCCGCACAAGGCUGUCCCACCAUCACCAUCCACGACCACGGCGGCUGCAAAGGCUGCACCAAGACCGUCGACAUGGUGACGAGCACUCAGUUGAUCGACUGUGGCGGCUGUACGUCGAUCGCGACAAUGACGGAUCGGGAGCCAUUCCUCAACUGCAAGGUUCCGUGCAGGGGUGGCUUCAAGACGGAGUAUAAUGCAGAGGGCACGACGACGGUGACUUCGUGUUCGGCGAGUCCGACGCAGGGUUUGAGGAUGAGGAGUGAGUGGGUGGGAUGA